AUGAGCUUUUCGACGUCUUCGACGACCAGCCUCGGCCGGUCCAACCGUCUGAGCGUCCCCCCCAAGCGCCCCAAAAAGGACAAAAGCAAAAAACGACAGGUGAAUGGCGAUGUGAAGAACCCCGAUGGCGCCCAGACUGAACGGAAUGAGGAUAUCUCAAUGACGGAUGCGCCUCCCGCGAAAUCGGAUUCAAACGAUAUUGACGCCCUGGAGACCUCGAACCAAGAUCAACCCGAUGCGAAGCGGCUUCGUGUGGAAGAUGAACCCGAACCCGUACUUGCCGAUUCAUUCGAGGCGGAGCAGGAGGUUGAGCUCCAACAAACCGGUGAUCUGGCAAAAGAUGGUGAAGCUCCAACUGUUGUGGCUCACCAAGUGCGCCAUGAAGUCGCAUAUCCUCCGGAUUAUCCUUACGUGGACAUCAGCAAGCACAAGCCCCCAGCGGAUCCAGCAAAGACAUACCCUUUCACACUCGAUCCCUUCCAGCAGUUGGCAGUUUCUUCGAUCCAGAGACACGAAAGUGUGCUUGUUUCUGCCCACACUAGUGCCGGAAAGACAGUUGUAGCAGAAUAUGCCAUCGCGCAAAGUCUGAAGCAAAACCAGCGAGUCAUUUACACCAGUCCUAUCAAAGCGCUGAGCAACCAGAAGUACCGUGAGUUUGCUGCUGAGUUCGGCGAUGUCGGACUUAUGACUGGUGAUGUGACGAUCAACCCCACCGCUACCUGUCUUGUCAUGACCACGGAGAUUCUUCGCUCUAUGCUGUACCGUGGCUCUGAGAUCAUGCGUGAAGUUCAGUGGGUCAUUUUUGACGAAAUUCACUACAUGCGAGACGCCAACCGUGGUGUGGUUUGGGAAGAGACUAUCAUCUUGCUGCCUGAUAAGGUCCGAUAUGUCUUCUUGUCUGCCACCAUCCCGAACGCCAUUGAAUUUGCCAAGUGGAUUGUUAAGAUGCACCACCAACCUUGUCAUGUCGUUUACACCAACUACCGUCCAACGCCCCUUCAGAAUUACUUUUUCCCCGCUGGUGGAGACGGAAUGCACCUCAUUAUUGACGAGAAGGGUACUUUCCGCGAGAAGAACUUCCAAGAGGCCAUGAGCACUAUCGCAGAAAAAGCUGGUGCCGAUUCGGCUGACCCCAACGCUAAGCGCAAGGGCAAGGCAAAGGACGGACAGGUGAACAAGGGAGGCAACAAAGGUCCUUCGGAUAUCUGGAAGAUUGUGAGAAUGAUCAUGCUCAAGAACUACAAUCCCGUCAUCGUCUUCAGUUUCAGCAAGCGGGAGUGUGAAGCAAAUGCCUUACAAAUGGUAAAGAUGGCUUUCAACGAUGAUUCCGAGAAGGAGAUGGUCAGCAAGGUCUUUGAGAGCGCCAUUGAGAUGCUGUCGCCCGAAGACCGUCAGUUGCCGCAAAUUAUCAACAUGUUGCCACUGUUGCGCCGUGGUGUUGGUAUUCACCACUCAGGAUUACUGCCAAUUCUGAAGGAAACUAUUGAGAUUCUAUUCCAAGAGGGUCUCAUCAAGGUUUUGUUUGCGACUGAGACUUUCUCUAUUGGUCUUAACAUGCCCGCCAAGACCGUGGUGUUCACAAGUGUUCGCAAAUUUGAUGGAAAAAGUCAGCGUUGGGUCACUCCUUCUGAGUUCAUUCAGAUGUCUGGUCGUGCUGGUCGUCGUGGUCUCGAUGAACGAGGUAUCGUAAUCAUGAUGAUUGGCGAAGAGAUGGACCCUGCAGUUGCCAAGGAAAUCGUUCGCGGUGAGCAGGACAAGCUCAACUCUGCGUUCCAUCUUGGUUACAACAUGAUUCUCAAUUUGAUGCGUGUCGAAGGCAUCUCGCCUGAAUUUAUGCUGCGCCAAUGCUUCAAGCAGUUCCAAAACUUGGGUAGCCUCGGCGGGCUAGAGAACAGUCUCGCGGAGCUGGAGCAACAGCGUGACAACAUGAAUAUCUCUGAUGAAGGCACCAUUCGCGAAUACUACGACCUACGGAAGAAACUUGAUGAAUUUGCGGACGACGUCGCAUAUGUUAUCUCUCAUCCGAACUACUCUUUACCUUUCCUCCUACCCGGACGACUGGUUCAUAUCACGUAUAAGGAUGCAGACUACGGCUGGGGUGUGGUGAUGAACGUGACGAAACGAGUUCAAGCAAAACACGACACCGAGAAACUUACCGAUCAUCAAAGCCAAAUUGUCGAUGUCUUGCUCACACUCGCCCAAGGGCCAUCCAUCGGUACCAAAUACUCCGGGGACAUCCCGCCUACCAUUCAACCUCCGAGGGAGGGGGUCGAAAUUCGCCAUGCCGUCGUGCCCAUGAUAUUGGGCUGCAUCAGAGAAAUUUCCAGUAUCCGCCUCAACCUUCCCAAGGAUAUCACAUCCACGGAGGCUAAAAAGGGUGUCAUGGGCAUAGUUAAUGAAGUAAAAAGACGAUUCCCAGACGGCGUUCCGCAGGUGGACCCUCUGGAAGAAAUGAAGAUCAAAGACGACAGUUUCAAGAAAUUGUUGCGGAAAAUCGAGGUUCUUGAGUCCCGUCUCUUGAGCAAUCCUCUGCAUAACUCGCCUCGCUUGGCCGAAUUGUGGGAACAAUAUUCGGAGAAAGUGGAGAUGGGGGUUCAAAUCAAGAACAAGAAGAAGGAAAUCGACGAUGUCAACUCAAUCCUCUUAUUCGAUGAGCUGAAAAACCGCAUGCGCGUGCUUCGCCGUCUAGGAUUCAUUGACGACGCCGAGGUCGUGCAGUUGAAGGCCCGUGUUGCUUGUGAGAUUAGCACCGGAGACGAAUUGAUGCUCAGCGAGCUUCUGUUCAACGGUUUCUUCAACGACAUGACAUCCGAGCAGGUAGCGGCUGUGAUGAGUUGCUUUGUUUUUGAAGAGAAGGUCAAGGAGGCUACUCCCCUAGCCAAGGAUGAGCUCUCGAAGCCACUGAAGGCCAUCCAGACCCAAGCCCGCAUUAUCGCCAAGGUGUCCCAGGAAUCCAAGAUGGCUGUCAAUGAGGAGGAGUAUGUUCAAAGUUUCCACUGGGAGCUGAUGGAGGUGGUUUACGAAUGGACCCAGGGCCGGUCCUUUGCUGAUAUCUGCAAAAUGACCGAUGUCUACGAAGGUAGCUUGAUCCGUGUCUUCCGCCGGCUGGAAGAGUGUUUGCGGCAGAUGGCGCAAGCUGCCAAGGUGAUGGGUAGCGAAGACUUGGAGAGCAAGUUCGAGGAGGCCCUUACCAAGAUUCGCCGUGACAUUGUUGCUGCCCAGUCUUUGUAUUUGUAG